CCGUGCCCCUUAUCGGGCCGCUUGUUUGGCUGCUGCCGUCACCUCAUGGCGACGCGAGUAGAGGAGGCAGCGCGGGGAAGAGGCGGCGGCGCCGAGGAGGCUAUUGAAACCGGACGGGGCGGACGGCGACGCAGCCCGCGGCAGAAGUUUGUGAUUGGCACAAUGGAAGAAGCUGGAAUGUGUGGGUUAGGGGUGAAAGCAGACAUGUUGCGCAACUCUCAAUCAAAUGAUAUUCUUCAACAUCAAGACUCAAAUUGUGGUACGAGUAACAAGCAUUCAUUGGAAGAGGAUGAAGGCAGUGAUUUUAUUACAAGGAACAGGAGUUUGAUGAGCCCAGCAUACUGUACACAAGAAUCGAGGGAGGAAAUUCCUGGGCGAGAGGCUCGAACAGAUCCCCCUGACGGUCAGCAAGAUUCAGAAUGCAACAGAAACAAAGAGAAAACAUUAGGAAAAGAAGUUUUAUUAUUGAUGCAAGCCCUAAACACCCUUUCAACUCCAGAAGAGAAACUGGCAGCUCUCUGUAAGAAAUAUGCUGAUCUUCUGGAGGAAAGCAGGAAUGUUCAGAAGCAAAUGAAGAUUUUGCAGAAGAAACAAGCCCAGAUCGUGAAAGAGAAAGUUCAUUUGCAGAGUGAGCACAGCAAGGCUAUCUUGGCAAGAAGCAAACUAGAGUCUCUUUGUCGGGAACUUCAGCGUCACAAUAAGACAUUAAAGGAAGAAAACAUGCAGCAGGCACGAGAGGAGGAAGAAAGACGUAAGGAAGCCACCGCACACUUCCAAAUUACUUUAAAUGAAAUCCAAGCACAGCUCGAACAACAUGACAUACACAACGCCAAGCUCCGCCAGGAAAACAUCGAACUGGGAGAGAAGCUUAAGAAGCUCAUUGAACAGUACGCACUGAGAGAGGAGCAUAUUGAUAAAGUGUUCAAACAUAAGGAGUUACAGCAGCAGCUUGUGGAUGCCAAGCUUCAGCAGACGACACAGCUAAUAAAAGAAGCUGAUGAAAAACAUCAAAGAGAGAGAGAGUUUUUAUUAAAAGAAGCCACAGAAUCAAGGCACAAAUAUGAACAAAUGAAACAGCAAGAAGUACAACUAAAACAGCAGCUUUCUCUUUAUAUGGAUAAGUUUGAAGAAUUCCAGACUACCAUGGCAAAAAGCAAUGAACUGUUUACAACCUUCCGGCAGGAGAUGGAAAAGAUGACAAAGAAAAUUAAAAAACUGGAAAAAGAAACAAUAAUAUGGCGUACCAAAUGGGAAAACAACAACAAAGCGCUUCUGCAAAUGGCUGAAGAGAAAACUGUCCGUGAUAAAGAGUACAAGGCCUUUCAGAUAAAACUGGACCGGUUAGAGAAGCUGUGCAGGGCUCUUCAAACGGAACGGAACGAGCUCAACGAGAAGGUGGAAGUCUUGAAGGAGCAGGUCUCGGGGAGGGCUGCAGGUGCGGACCUAGCACUGCCUGGGACGCAGCCCUGCACUGCCCCGGUGUCCCCCAAGGAGCCGAACACUGCUUCCGAAAGCGCCCCGGGAGUCUCCCCGGAGGCCGCGCCCAAGGCGGCGAAGGAGAGAACGGCCGUGUCCGCCGGGCCAGGUAUCGAGUCCGUCGACUGAAAUGAAGUAUGAUCACUGUAUCGAGAGCUAUAUUUUGUGUAUAACUUUCUGUUAGUAGUAACUAUUGGUUUUGUGGUGAAAAUUUUCUUACUUUUUCUACCAUAUCUGUAUUUUCUUAGAACUACUGGACUUACGUGGUACAGGAGGCUGCUUAGCAGUUUUGAAUAGUUUUCCUUCGAUACGUUUUCCUCAGCCGUGUUGCACAUCUGCCUCAUUUCCCUCCAUUGGAACGCAUGUGACCAUUGCUUUGUCCUAUCUUCCCUAUUCCUUGCACAGAAUUAUUCUCCUUUCACUCGAGAUGGGACCGAUCAUUACAGGGGAACUUUGUUCUGAUAAUGGUUCCUUGGUGUGAAAACCAUAUUCAUUUCAACAUCCCGGCCCCCCGAUUAAUAUUACUCAAAAA